GCUUGGUGCUCUUGUGUGUGGACGUGCAGGGGGUGGCAGGAGCAUUACAAGGACUUUUCUAGAGCUGGUGGCUGGCUCUUAAGGGAGACACUCAGGUGUAACAAGAUCAGAUAGGAGUGUGGGCUGGAGCUAAGAAUAGGAUUGGGCACAGGUUCCUGGCUCAGGUGGGGGCACAUCAGUGCCAGCCAGGAAGUCACUGCUGGAGCCAGAGAAUGGAGCUAGGGCUGGGCAAGUGGGGCCCAGGACCCAGACUUCUAAGGAAUAGGGGCAGAGUUCAGCUCAGCUCAUAAAUAGCUGAUAGGAGUUGGUGGAGGGAGAGGGCAAGCGUUAGGACCCAGGGCACUGGGAGCUGGGGCCAGGUGGUGAGUUCAGUGCGUGGUGCUUGGUGCUCAGAGGAAGCCCUCUGAGGGCCUGGUCCCAUGGCCUUCCUGGUGGCUGGGACCCUACGGUUGGCUGCACAGAUGGCAGACACUCGAGACAGCCUGCGAAGAAAGGGAAAGUACAGCCUUCAAGGUCCAAGGGUGGCCCUGAUACUCAGCAGCCCUGGGGUGUCUGCUGCUAUAGUUGCUGCCGUGGAGUGUGUGUUCCAGGCCCUGGGCUUUGAAAGCUGUGAGAAGAGGCAGGCUUCAGUCCAGGGCUUCCUUGAGGAGCUGGUUUGGUUUCGGGAGUGGCUGGAUGCCCAUGGGGGUCCUAUGGGCUGUGCCAUUGUGGCCUUGGUUGCCCCGAAUGGGCAACUGAGGCAGCCACGGCAGCUGGUCUGGGAGCUGAGCCGUUGUGAGGCCCUGCGGGGCUGCCCCAAAGUCUUCCUGCUGCUCUCCAGUGGCCCCAGGGCCGCCCCAGAGCCUGGAGCCUUCCUUGCUGGCUUGAGAGAGCUCUGUGGCUGUUUUCCUCACUGGUCCCUGGUGCAGCUACUGACAGAGCUAUUCUGCAGGGUGGCUAAAGAGUCUGCAGGGGGUACCCGCUGCCCCAUCCUCCAGAGCUCCUUGCGGGGAACACUGUGCCUAAGAGAUGUGGAGCCCUGGAUGCCUGAGCCAGCCGCUGGCUUCACCACUCAGUACGACCUGUCCAGGGCCAAGGUCGCCCUCCUCCUGGCUGUGAUCCAAGGCCGACCUGGGGCCCAGCAUGAUGUGGAGGCACUGGGGGGGCUGUGCCAGACUCUAGGCUUCGAGACCACCCUGAGGAUGGACCCUACAGUUCAGGCUUUCCAGAAGGAACUGGCCCAGUUCCGGGAACAGCUGGACACCCGCAAUAGCCCUGUGAGCUGUGCCCUUGUGGCCCUCAUGGCCCAUGGGGGGCCACAGGGACAGUUGGUGGGGGCUGAUGGGCAAGAGGUACAGCUGGAGGUGCUAAAACAAGAGCUGAGCCACUGCCGGGCACUACAGGACCGCCCCAAGAUCUUCCUGCUGCAGGCCUGCCGUGGGGGGAACAGGGAUGCUGGUGUGGGGCCCACAGCUCUCCCCUGGUACUGGCGCUGGCUGCAGGCCCCUCCAGCCAUCCCUUCCCAUGCAGAUGUCCUCCAGAUCUAUGCUGAUGCCAAAGACAGCUCCUCCAGGUACUGCCUCCUAGGCAGUUCUGAACAAGCUGACAUCCUGACAGUCUACUCUGCUGCUGAGGGCUAUGUGGCCUAUCGAGAUGAGAAGGGCUCAGACUUUAUCCAGACACUGGUGGAGGUCCUCCAAGCCAACCCAGGGAGAGACCUUGUGGAGCUGCUGACUGAGCACUGCUGCCCAAUCUCAGCAUCACCUUGGGGGCCCUCCGACGCUUCCCCUCCCCUGCAAUCGGGCAUCGGGACCAGGAGGCCAGGAUUGCAGCUGUGGCGACCCAGAGGUCACUGCAGGGUUCUAUGCUGACCGGACACUGGCAGACCGCAGACCCUGAAGCCAGAGACCGUGAUUCCCGGGAGCCUAUAGGGUUUGGCUACGCGAAGAUGAAAACUGUGACAGACAUGGGGUUGGGGUUGCCGUGGGUAGUCGCCCCAAGGGAGGGGGGCGGUGAAAGGACUUGGCAUUUCAAAAUCCAUUAGAUUAUUGUGAUGAAAAAUUUUGUAAAUAGCGGUAAUGACUGCAUAAUAUUGUGAUUGUAAUUAAUGUCACUGAAUUGUACUCUUGAAAAUGAUUAAGAUGGCAAAUUUUGCCUAUAUGUAUAUAUGCAACAUAUAUAUCCACAGUUUCCUCUUUUUCUUUCAUUUUCUUUUCUUUUUUUCUUUUUUAGAGACAUAGUUUCACUCUGUCGCCUCGGCUAGAGCGCUGUGGCGUCAUAGCUCACAGUAACCUCGAACUCUUGGGCUUGAGCAAUCUUCUUGCUUCAGCCUCCCAAGUA